AGUGGAAAUGAUUAAAAAUGCAGAGAAGACUGAAGAUAAAACUGUGAGGAAAAGUCUUUUUGUUAAUACCUGAUUAAAAAGAAAAGGUUUUUUUUCAACUGGAAGAAUAUAUUUAUGAACUACUGUAAAGAAACUAUGACAUAAAUCUUCUCUAUAAAGGAAAUUUUAAUUACAAUUAAAAAUAAAAUGAAUCCGAAAGCCAACCAACUACCUGACUUUUUUUUUUUUUCCUUAGAUGGAUUCUCUUUUGAACUUGUAGGUAACUGGUCCCUUGCUACUCUCUAAUGGUAAUUGAAAUUUCCACAAAGGAAUGCUGGUCCUGUACUUAGCUACAAACAGCAGGAGGUUGAUGUCCUGGGGUGACAGGACAUUUUCAUGCUUUAUAUCCCAAAUCGUGGUUGGUUUUUUUUUUUUCCCUGUUCCUGUGCUCUCAGUUUGUUUUGUCUGUGGCUGAGCCCCUCCCCCGGCUGCUUGCUUCUGGCUUGGUGCUAGCUUUAGGCUGCUUUUGCUGGCUUUGCUCUUUGCUUUCUGCUUUUUGCUUGCUUUUUUGCCAUCUUUUUCUGCUUUUGUGUUUCCCCUUCUUUCCUUCCUCCCUUCCCUGAAGACAUCGGACCUGCUUCGGGCCCUGAUUCGGGAACAUCAAGGGAACACUCCCCGGAGUCUGCACGUGAAAGAAGCUUUGGCACCCUCCCCAGCAGAGACUGCUCACCCUCUCUUGGACUGGUGAAAACAUUUCUUGUCAUCUCGGACUGUUUUCCUUGUGUUGGGGAGUGUUUUUUUUUUUCGUUGUUUCUCAAUAAACAAGUUUUUUCCACCUUCUCCUCUGAGGAAAUUCCUCCCGAACCCGGUGGUGGGGGAGGGAGUUGUGGAAUUUUGUCCUAAACUAGGACAAACAAAUUUGGUGGCCCGUAUGGGGAGAGCGAUCAUACAAAGUGGAAAAAACUUUAUUCUAAUAAUAUUUUGGUUUCUGUUGUUUUGUGGGCAUAUUGGUAUGUCUCUUUUUGAAGGUAUAAUGUCAUUUGGAGUGAAAGCCUGCCUUUAUUUCUGGUCAUUAGGGUUCUUUGAAGUUUUAAUACCUUUUUGGUCGUUAGGUUUAUUCUCUUAUCCAGCAAUAGCCCCGAUAUUGUCCUUGAUGCAUAGCUUUUGUAACCGUGGGGCGCUAACCAGAAUAUUUAUCGGGCUGGGCUUGGUUGUGUUGAUUUGUAAGAGGUUCAUAAAAAUGUUGCUAUCGUUUCCAGGAAUGGAUGGUUCAUGGUUAUGGUUGUGUGCUCAGUUUGUUAGGGGAGAAGCAGGGGAGGAGGCUUUUCAGCCUUUGCUCUCCUUCUUCUCCUCCGAAUUGUUUACAUCUCUAUUAGAAAAUGUUUGGUUAUCCCUGACUGCCAAGGACACCAUCUUUCUGGCAUUCAAUUUAGUAAGCUUUCUUUAUACUGUCUGCAGUUUAUAUAAGAUGAAGGCUGAGAUUUCUAGAGGGGCUGGUGAGACUCCUGAUUUAGGAGUGAAACCAAGGGUGAAGAAUUCUGAGUGGCGUGGGAAAUGGGAGGAUAUGGGCCAAAUUUUAAAGGAGUUUUCUGACCCUGUAGUCUGGGACUUCCCAUCUGAACAAAUUCAGAACCCAGCUGAGGUGGUAAAGUAUCUGAAAGAGAGGUGCCAUAGUAACACUAAGGAGGAAAGGAUCAUUGCAGUGAGCUGGGCCCUGGCACAUGCUUAUCGCACCCUGCUAGAUACUGUGGGGCAGCAGAUAAAGGAAAGGGAACAGGGAGAUAAAUUAGUUACUGUCCCAGUCACUCAGGCUGCAGCAAACAUCCCAGGCUCCAGGCCAGUAGUUAAACCAGACAGUAAGCCCCAACCAAUGGCUGUUGCUGCAAAUACAAAAGGUGGAAAGUGUAAAAGCAAGACUGACCGAAGGGUGGAGGAUGAUGAUGAUCCAAGAGAAGGACCAUCACCAAAAUCAGAGACCACAGCAAGUGGCAUAGAUUCCGGAGCCAAUAUUGAUUCCUUCUCCCUGAAGGACCUUCGAGGCCUAAGGAAGGAUUAUAGGCGACAGCCCGAUGAGUCUAUAAUUAGUUGGCUAGUCCGCCUUUGGGAUGCGGCAGGGGAGGCUACCAUUCUGGAUGGCACUGAAGCGAGGCAUUUAGGAUCCCUGUCACAUGAUCCUGUCAUCGAUCAAGGCAUGAUGAGGAGGGCUAGCCCUCACAGCCUCUGGGAACGGGUCCUGGACAGCGUAGCACAAAGAUACCUGUGUGCAGGUGACCUCUAUAUUCAGCAGACACGGUGGAAGACCAUAGAACAGGGGAUCCAACGCCUGAGGGAGAUGGCAGUGGUAGAGAUCAUUUUUUCAGAUGAUAUAACAACUAGGAAUCCGGACUUAGUACCGUGCACACCUGUAAUGUGGAGGAAACUUGUGCGCCUUGGGCCACCUGAAUACGCUUCUGCUCUAGCAAUAAUGAAGCGGGAUGAGGUAUAUGAGACUGUGCUCGAUAUGGCAAAGAAGCUUCGGGCAUAUGCAGAUGCUGUACAUGGCCCAACUCAUGCCAGAAUUGCAGCUGUGGAAACACGACUGCAGAAAUUAGAAGAUAAAAUAGAGGAAAGUCGUAAGAAACUCAGGGAAGAGAUUAAGGAGGACCUCCUCCAAAUCUCAGCUGUACAAAUUAGAGGCCCUAGUAUCCAACGCAGACGUUCCUCUGUUGGGGAGAGAAGGUACACCCCACGAGCUGAGUUGUGGUUCUUCCUACGUGAGUCUGGAGAAAACAUGAGGAGAUGGGAUGGGAAGCCUACUGCUGCUCUGGCACAACGGGUGCAUGAAUUGAAGGAAGGUAGGAAAAGGGAAGCAGCUCCAGUUGCCCGUACUCGAACUGUCAGGCAUAAUGAUGAUGAUGACUUGUCCGAUCCCCUUGAAGGAACCUCCAAGACAUAUGUCUCAGGAAAGAAGGAUAACCAGGCUUAGAGGGGCCCUGCCUCUAGCCAGGUAGAGGUUAGGGAAAACUGAGUUUUUUGGACAGUAUGGGUUCUAUGGCCUGGCACAUCAGAGCCACAGAAAUAUAAAGCUUUGGUUGACACCGGUUCUCAGUGUACCCUAAUGCCAUCCGAACAUGAGGGAACAGAACCUAUUUCUAUUGCCGGGGUGACAGGGGGAUCACAAGAUUGACCCUGUUGGAAGCCAAGGUGAGCCUGACCGGGAAGGAGUGGCAGGAACAUCCGAUUGUGACUGGCCCAGAGGCUCCGAGUAUUCUGGGCAUAGACUAUCUCAGGAAUGGCUAUUACAAAGACCCUAAGGGGUUCAGAUGGGCUUUUGGAAUAGCUGCCGUGGAGGCAGAGGGCAUUAAGAAAUUGAACACCUUGCCUGGACUGUCAGAGAACCCAUCUGCAGUAGGACUCCUGAAGGUAGAAGAGCAACGAGUACCUGUUGCCACCUCAACAGUGCAUCGCCGGCAGUAUCGAACAAAUCGAGAUGCUGUGAUCCCCAUUCACAAGAUGAUCCGAGAGUUAGAGAGCCAAGGGGUGGUUAGUAAAACCCACUCACCCUUCAACAGUCCCAUCUGGCCUGUGCGUAAAUCUGAAGGAGAAUGGAGAUUGACCUUGGAUUACCGUGCUUUGAAUGAAGUGACUCCACCGCUGAGCGCCGCUGUGCCGGACAUGCUGGAACUCCAGUACGAGCUGGAGUCCAAGGCAGCAAAGUGGUAUGCCACAAUCGACAUUGCUAAUGCGUUUUUCUCCAUUCCUCCAGCUGCAGAAUGCAGGCCUCAGUUUGCUUUCACCUGGAGGGGCAUGCAGUACACCUGGAACUGACUGCCCCAGGGAUGGAAGCACAGUCCUACCAUCUGUCAUGGACUGAUCCAGACUACGCUAGAAAAGGGUGAGGCUCCAGAACAUUUACAAUACAUUGAUGAUAUCAUUGUGUGGGGAAACACAGCAGCAGAAGUGUUUGAGAAAGGAGAGAAAAUCAUCCAAAUUCUCCUGGAAGCUGGCUUUGCCAUUAAGAAAAGUAAAUUUAAGGGACCUGCUCGGGAGAUCCAGUUCCUGGGAGUGAAGUGGCAAGAUGGACGGUGCCAGAUUCCUACUGAUGUCAUCAACAAAAUCACAGCUAUGUCCCCACCAACCAACAAGAAGGAAACACAAGCUUUCUUAGGUGCUAUAGGUUUCUGGAGGAUGCACAUUCCUGAAUAUAGUCAGAUUGUGAGCCCUCUUUACUUGGUUACCUGUAAGAAGAAUGAUUUCUAUUGGGGCCCUGAACAGCAGCAAGCCUUUGCCCAGAUCAAGCAGGAGAUUGCUCAUGCGGUAGCCCUUGGCCCCGUCAGGACAGGACCAGAGGUGAAGAACGUGCUCUACUCUGCAUCUGGGAACCAUGGCCUGUCCUGGAGCCUUUGGCAGAAGGUGCCUGGUGAGACCCGAGGCCGACCAUUGGGAUUCUGGAGUCGGAGCUACAGAGGGUCUUGUUGUUGUUUAAAUUUAUGGGGGGUCCCCGGGGAGUGCCCCCCGGAGACCCCCGGGGUCUUUUGGGGUCGUGGUGUUCCCGCGCUGGCAGGCAAGGAGACUCAGAUGCCGGUGGGAUGCUGAUGAGGUCUGAAGCCAACUACACCCCAACAGAGAAAGAAAUCCUGGCCGCGUAUGAAGGAGUCCAAGCUGCUUCAGAAGUGAUUGGUACCGAGGUACAACUCUUCCUGGCACCUCGACUACCCGUGCUGGGGUGGAUGUUUAGAGGAAAGGUUCCCUCUACCCACCAUGCUACCAAUGCUACAUGGAGCAAGUGGAUUGCCCUCAUUACACAGCGCGCCCAAAUUAGGAAACUAAAUCGUCCUGGGAUUCUGGAGGUAAUUACCAAUUGGCCUGAAGGUGAAAGCUUCAGUCUUACUGGUGAAGAGGGAGAAGAGCAAGUGACCCGUGCCAAAGAAGCUCCACCAUAUAACCAACUGCCGGCAGAAGACACACGCUACGCUCUUUUUACUGAUGGCUCCUGUCGCCUUGUGGGGAUGAACCGGAAGUGGAAAGCAGCCGUAUGGAGCCCCACACGACAAGUCGCACAAGCUAUCGAAGGAGAAGGUGGAUCGAGUCAACUCGCAGAGCUCAAAGCCGUUCAGUUGGCCCUGGACAUUGCUGAAGCAGAGAAGUGGCCAAAACUUUACCUUUAUACUGAUUCCUGGAUGGUAGCCAAUGCUCUGUGGGGAUGGCUGAAGAGAUGGAAGGAGGCGAACUGGCAGCGCAGAGGAAAACCAAUUUGGGCUGCUGAAGAAUGGAAAGACAUCGCUACCCGGUUAGAGAAACUACCUGUGAAGGUUCGCCAUGUAGAUGCCCAUGUCCCUAGAAGCAGAGCCAAUGAGGAGCAGCAGAACAAUCAGCAGGUAGAUCAGGCUGCAAAGAUAGGGGAGUUGAAGAUAGAUCUUGACUGGGAGCACAAAGGAGAGCUGUUCCUAGCACGAUGGGCCCAUGAUGCCUCAGGCCACCAGGGUAGAGAUGCCACCUAUAAGUGGGCACGAGACCGAGGGGUGGAUCUAACCAUGGACAGCAUUUCUCAGGUUAUUCAUGACUGUGAGACGUGUGCUGCCAUUAAACAGGCUAAGCGGGUGAAGCCCCUCUGGUAUGGGGGGCGGUGGUCCAAGUACAAGUAUGGGGAGGCCUGGCAGAUUGAUUACAUCACGCUGCCUCAAACCUGCCAAGGCAAGCGCCAUGUGCUAACCAUGGUAGAAGCCACUACGGGAUGGUUGGAAACCUACCCCGUGUCUCAUGCUACAGCCCACAACACCAUCCUGGGCCUUGAAAAGCAGGUCCUUUUGAGGCAUGGUACUCCUGAGAGGAUUGAGUCAGACAAUGGGACUCAUUUUAAAAAUAAUCUUAUUAACAACUGGGCUAGGGAACAUGGCAUCGAGUGGGUGUACCACAUCCCCUACCAUGCACCAGCUGCAGGCAAAGUGGAGAGGUACAAUGGAUUGUUAAAAACCACUUUGAAAGCACUGGGUGGGGGGUCUUUCAAGAACUGGGAGCAGCAUUUAGCAAGAGCCACCUGGUUAGUUAACACUCGAGGUUCCACCAACCGAGCAGGUCCUGCCCAGUCUGAGUCCCUUAAUAUAGUAGAUGGAGAUAAAGUCCCAGUGGCCCAUGUCAGAGGUUUGUUGGGGAAGACAGUAUGGAUUAAUCCUGCCUUGAGUACAGGCAAACCCAUUCGUGGGAUUGUCUUUGCUCAAGGACCAGGUUAUACCUGGUGGAUAAUGCAGAAAGAUGGGACAACCCGUUGUGUACCUCAGGGAGAUCUGAUUGUGGGAUGAUAUCAUUGUUCGCUGAGCAUUACCACCAUUAUCUGUACGUUAGAUCAUACAGAUAUGAGACAGAAGGAAACAUGAAAGUGUCAAAGGUCUGAGCAAGUAAGAUGGAAGGAAAUGUGUUAAGUGUGGAAGGUUUGAGCAAGUGAGAAGAAAGUUUUUUUUCAUUGUGUUCAGUAACAUGUUCACGAUAUGGGAUAAGGGGUGGAAUGUCCUGGGGUGACAGGACAUUUUCAUGCUUUGUAUCCCAAAUCGUGGUUGUUUUUUUUUUUUUCCCUGUUCCC